UCACUCUUCGAAGCAUUUAAAAUACUUCUCAUCAUACUUUCAGUGAGUCUCAAUCUUCUAUUUCAGCCCAAUUUUCAGGGAAGCACAGGAAGCUCACCUCCACAACCAGUGGCAGUAUUCUUGAAGAGAAUCCCAAAAGAAUACUUUUAGGAGCAGUCAUAAGUUAACAAACUGACACUCUACUUGGCAAGAUUUCUGAGAUGUUCCAGGCAUACUUGAACACCCAUCUGAUGGUCAAUUUGUAUAUCAUGGAGUGGGUGAAGACUGCAAUGCUUCUGAUGGGAUGCAUUCAUGGCAUUUAUGGUGUUGCAAUAAUGGUAGAUUGCCCCUCAUUUGAUAGGACAGCAGCAACCUUGGACAAGCACUGGUGUAAAAAUGAUUCCACAGUCACAUACACUGUAGCCAGGCAAAACUGUGAAGACAUUUGCUCAGUCCUGGCAGUACCGACCUUGCAUACUGAGAUUUCAUUUCAUGAAUUAAUCAAUGGCAUCCAGCGUUGGAUAGGCAUAGAGAAUAAUGGCAGUGCCUGGUCUGGCAUGGAUUCUGGCUAUAACCGUUGGCCAGGUGGUGUAGAACCANAAUCAACUAACAAUGUUAUAUUUGAAAGCCCCGAGCCAUGUGAACAACCAGAUCAACCACCAACACAUGACUGUGAGGUGCUACAUGGUGCAACCAUUGUCCACAGUCUUCCUGCCAGUGUCAACACAAUGGAUGAUUAUGCUGACAAUAUUUUCUUCCCUUAUUUGGAUAGGCAACUGAACAUAAUAUGUAGUAUAGAACACGUCUUCCUGACUCCCUGA